AUGACCACUCUAUGGAACGCUGAGAGAUUGUUUGAGACUGUUGCCACGCCGGAUGCUGCUAUUGAGUUCUGCAAGGAACGUGAACUGAUAGCCGACGCCCCCGAUUGUCAGUACUGCCUCCACCCGUUGACAUGGUCCGUAAAGACCGGGCAUGCCGACGGGUACUCGUGGCGGUGCACACAUCGGGGGUGUCUGAAGCGGUCUCGGAAUUGCAGCAUCCGUCAUGGCAGCUGGUUUAGUGACAGUAAGGUGUCUCUGAAGAAGAUCAUCGAGCUCACCUACUACUGGGCGGCACGAGCGACAACGUCUGUGGCAAUAAAGGAAACAUCAGUCUACGAAGGUGAAAGUACUAGUUAUAAAACUGUCGUGGACUGGUUUACCUUUUGCCGCGAAGUUUGUCUUCGUGUCGUCGAGGAAAAGUGCAGCAAGGGGAUCGGCGGUCCGGGCAUGACCGUCGAGAUUGACGAAAACAAACUCGGUCGCCGGAAGUACAGCCGAGGUCGUCUGGUUCAGGGUGAGUGGGUGUUGGGCGGCAUUUGCCGUGAGACAAAGGAAACUUUCCUGAUUGAGGUUCCUAAGCGGGAUUCAGAGACCCUUAUUUCUCUACUUAAGGAAUAUGUGGCCCCUGGAUCCACAGUCGUAUCGGACUGUUGGAAAGCAGAUGAUUGCCUCGGUCAGGAAAAUGUUGCCCAUCUCAAGGUUAGUCACUCCUUAAAAUUCGUUGAUCCCACCACUGGCGCGCAAACUAAAAAUAUUGCUUGCCAGUGGGGGCAGAUCAAGAGGAGUCUGCCGAGCACCCACGCAAACAGCUCUACCGACGGCUUCGGUUUCCGUCUGGCGGAAUACAUGUGGCGCCAACAAAAUGUCUCCGUCGAUCACUUCGAGCAAAUCCUCAGUGACAUCUUGCUGUUGUACAAACCACCAACACUUUUCUGA